UUGUGUGUGUACUGCGGGGAAACCUUUGAAGAUACUGAUUUGUUCAGGUCUCACAUGGAACAGGAGCAUACUAGCUUCCACCUGGAUUUAACAUUUAGGCAUUUGACGAAAGCUGAAUUCGUCAAAGUAGACAUAUCGACGAUACACUGUAGGAUAUGCGCGAGAGCAUUCGAAAGUUUGGAACAAGUUGCUGCACAUCUUAAACUGGAUCACAGGAUAGCUUUACACAUGGAAUCGAAGAUUGGUGUCAUACCUUUCGAGUUAAAGGGUGACAAGGAAUGGAUAUGUAGCGUCUGCUCCAAAAACGUACCAUCAUUAUUGCUGCUAAGCAAACACACUGUGUCGCAUUUUCAAAAUUUUGUAUGCGACCUUUGCGGUAAGAGCUACAUUUCUGCCACCGGUCUGUUAAAACACGUGAAAUCUAAGCAUCAAGACGAGUAUAAAGUACAUUGCAGACGAUGUCGGACCACGUUUUCUUCGCUGAAGGAAAAGAUAUGUCAUCAAAGGACAGUUAAGCAUUGCAUGCCGCAUGUGUGCAUGGAAUGCCCAGAAAGAUUUCCCACUUGGGAGACGAAACAGCGCCACUUGGUCCAAGUUCACGACCUACGCGAUGAUCACGAAAUUGAUAUCGAUCCGAACUUUGAAGUUGAAAUGCAGAUGUACAAACUCGGUCCCGAGCUCUGGGUUUGCGCUUUAUGUGAAACGAGGUUGCAAGCUUUACAAGUGCAUUGCUUAGUCUCAGCCCGAAACAACGCGAAGGUAGUUUUGAAAUACUCGACAGCGUAUCCGUUUAGGAUACCGAGUCAUUCAAUGGUUUGCGUCUACUGCUGUGAAGCGUAUGACGAUCCAAAGAUAUACAGACAGCAUAUGGAACAGGAGCACUCUUCAUUCAACGUGAACACAGCGUUCGCGCACUCUGGACACAACUGUACAGAGUUUCUCAAAGUAGAUUGCACGGAAUUAUCAUGUAGGAUAUGCGAGCAGCCCUUCAACACGAUAGAUGCUGUAGCUGAACACCUAUCUAAGAUACACGAAAAGAACUUGGAUUUAAAAAACGAUGUCGGUAUGCAGAUGUUUAAACUGGGUGCGGAGAGAUGGGUCUGUGCGAUUUGUAAUAUAAAACUGCCCAGCCUAAGAGAGCUUAGUCGGCAUACGAGCUGUCACUAUCACAGAUAUACUUGCGAGACGUGCGGUAAAUCGUACAUAAAUAAAGAAAAUCUUCAACGUCACAUACAGUUUGUGCAUAGCAAGUAUAAAAUCUGCAUUAAAUGUAAGAAGACGUUCCCGACUUGUGAAGAACGGAGAGAGCAUGUUUUAUCCUCAGAGCGAUGUUGGCCACAGAGUUGUAGCGUAUGUGGCAAGAGAUUUGUGUCUAGAAAUCUAAAACUUGACCAUUUGGCCAAAGAACACGGCCAUAAACCCAAAUCCUAUACAUGUCCGGAAUGUGGGAUAGUCUUUGACAAAUGGCAUCCGUACCGCGCCCAUUUCAUAUUGGCUCACACGAAUGAUAAUUAUAGCUGUUCUCAUUGUGGUCUUAAGUUCGAUAGAAAGAAAGCCCUGGAGGAGCAUAAAGUAAUGCACACAAAAGAGAAAUCUUUUCAUUGCGGAGACUGCGGGAAGUCAUUCGCGCGUAAGAAGAAUUUGGUCCAGCACAGUUGGAUACAUAGCGAAUACAAAAGAUUUGAAUGCACCUCAUGUAAUAAGAGUUUCAAUCAGCGCGUCAGUUGGAAGACACAUAUGAAGUCAUACCAUCCGGAAUUAGUAGAUUUUUGA